ACGUGUUUUUCUUUUCGAGCGUUUUGGUUGCCGCGUGUUAACGGACCCAAUCACAUUUCGUUUAAAGUUGUAUUAAAAAGUGCAAGUACAGCAGCUUAAAAUGGGCAAACCAGGAUUCAGUCCUCGUGGUGGCGGCGGCGGCGGUGGAGGAGGUGGUGGCUUCCGCGGGCGUGGCGGCGGCGGAGGUGGUGGCGGUGGAGGAGGAUUCGGAGGCGGCCGUGGACGCGGCGGCGGUGGAGAUCGCGGAGGUCGAGGCGGAUUCGGUGGCCGUGGAGGUGGUGGAGGCGGACGUGGUGGUGGCGAUCGCGGAGGCCGUGGUGGCUUCGGAGGACGCGGUGGAGGCGGUGGCCGUGGUGGCUUUGGAGGACGAGGCGGAGGCGGUGGUCGCGGCGGCGGUGGACGUGGUGGAGGCGCCGGCGGCUUCAAGGGCGGCAAAACGGUCACCAUCGAGGCCCAUCGUCACGAGGGUGUGUUCAUUGCCCGCGGCAAGGAGGAUGCCCUGGUCACCAGGAACUUUGUACCCGGAUCCGAGGUGUACGGCGAGAAGCGCAUCUCCGUCGAGACAAAUGGCGAGAAGAUUGAGUACCGUGUGUGGAAUCCUUUCCGCUCCAAGCUGGCUGCUGCCGUCCUGGGUGGAGUUGAGCAGAUUCACAUGCCGCCAGGCUCCAAGGUUCUCUACUUGGGCGCCGCUUCCGGAACGACAGUUUCCCAUGUGUCGGAUGUGGUGGGACCCGAGGGUCUGGUCUACGCCGUGGAGUUCUCACACCGAUCCGGUCGUGAUCUAAUCAACGUUGCCAAGAAGCGCACCAACAUCAUACCCAUCAUCGAGGACGCUCGCCAUCCACACAAGUACCGCAUGCUGGUUGGCAUGGUGGACACGAUUUUCGCGGACGUUGCCCAGCCAGAUCAGGGUCGUAUUGUGGCGCUAAAUGCCCAGCACUUCCUGAAGAACGGCGGCCACUUUGUCAUCUCGAUCAAGGCCUCCUGCAUCGACUCCACGGCGCAGCCUGAAGCGGUAUUCGCCGCCGAGGUGAAGAAGAUGCAAGCGGACAAGCUGAAGCCGCAGGAGCAGCUCACGCUGGAGCCCUACGAGCGAGACCAUGCCGUCGUUGUCGGCGUCUACCGACCACCGCCCAAGCAGUAAGCAGAUGACUUCUGCCGGGCUUAGUUUUAAGGCUAUUGUACUAAUACAGACGUGUUGUAUUAAGUUUCUUUUUAAAUAUAAAACCAUAGUUUUAAAGAUAAAUCAAAAUGCAAACUAUUUUUGUAGCAGACGUACAAAAUAUAUACAGAAACCAAAAGCGUGA